CUAGUGGCGCGCAAGCUAAACAACAAAUAUCGAUAAACAUACCUGCAGGCCAUGCCAAUGAUAAAAGAUUGAAGACAUCAUGGCAUCGCGGAAGGCAUGCCCCCUGGCUCCAACGGCAGAGACGGAUAACUGCCUACAAUGCCGGCUCUGCCACCGGUACCACGCCUUGAGGACGUGCCCGACCUUCAAGGCAAUGAAGCCGCCACAACAUUUGGGAGUGGCCCGCGCACAGGGCUACUGCGUCAACUGCCUCGCGCUCACCCACACUACCGGAGAAUGCGACUCACCAGGCAGUUGCAAGACCUGCGGGCUAGCGCACCACACGCUGCUGCAUGUGGCAGCCAACACCCAUGCGCGCAAGGGGCCAAGGGAAGAAGGGCCCAAGCAACGAAAACCGGCCACAAAGGCCCCAAGGAGCAACAAGGGGCGCGCACCACCGAAGAGGAAGGCGCUGAAGACCGCACAGCAGAAGGCGCAGAAGAAUGCGCAAAACCACGGAAGGCAGGCGCCGCAACCACCGCGCAAAAAGACCGCCCAAAGGACGAUCGCGCGCACCCCCAAGGCCUGCAAACGGCCAGCUACCAGGGCAGCACCACUAACCGCGUCCUGGGCAACACCAUCCGCGCGCUAAAAGAGCUGCAGAAGACACUGAGCAGCGCAUUCCUGCAGGGCGGGGAGAAUGUUUAAGCCGCCGCUUAAAGCGCAAUACGACGGCCAUGCGCGCAAUCCUUGGCCGCAGCAGUUUGGCAGUUGACCGACGUGAACUCCGAAAAUACAACUACCGAGCGCGCACGGCCGCCUCCCCAUCGUCGUAAAAAAUCAGCAGAAGGCAGUUCAGCUAUCAUCGUCGGACUACGCGCACGCGCCCCCUGAAAGCUAGUAUUUGUAGUAUGUACAAUCUAUAAGUGAAAACAUAAACUUUAAUUGUAAUAAAAAGCUCAUGAAUAAACUGAGGUGAACUUUGUGAAUUUAAAAUUGAAAA